AGAAGCAUUAGCGCUCUUGUUUUGUUCCAUGGUGAGCAUCUAACCUUAUUUUAAUAACCCUGACGUCUCCAGAUGUGGAGGCUAAACAAAGUUCGUCACAAAGCUGGUCGACAAGCUGACAGCUUGGAGGAGCUCCGGUUAAAGAGGCGACAGCAGGAGAAAGACCUGAGACAGGCCCGCAGAGACAGACAGCUUGUGAGCAAAAGACUCCUGCUGAAUGAAGAUGAGGACCAAUCAGAGGUCACCAUGGACGCUGACUCCGGAGCGCAGCAUGUGGUCACUUUGUUUCACAAACUUCAACACAGUGGGCCAGAGAAGGAGGUCCACCUGAAGGCUUUGAGUAAAGCUCUCCGUGACCCCUCAGCACAGCUCACCUUUAUCAAACAGGAGAACAGCAUGCACCUUCUGGUUGGUCUCCUCACUGGCUCUAAUGCGACAUGCCGUCUACAGGCUGUGCGUUGUCUUCAUGAGCUGUCUCACUCUCCACACACAAACAUAGCCCCAGCAUGUUUGCCGGCCACCCCCUACCUGCUCACCUACCUGUCCAACCAAAGCACCAAGUUCACUGAGCUGUGUCUCUACACACUGGGUAACUUGUGCCCUGAAAGUGAUGUUGUACAAGAGAAACUCCUUGCUCAGGGAAUCAUACCAGCUCUGGCUAACUGCAUAGAGAAUCAGAGACAUAACCUCGCUGUGGUGGAAGCUGCAGGGUUCACCCUCUCUCAGCUUCUCCAGGCCAAAGAUGGAGGAGGGAAAAUAAUCCCGAUGGUCCUGGCCUCUAGCUUACCUUCACACCUGUUAUCAGUCCUGACUCCUGACCAAAACUUUGGCCUGGCCCCUGCCAUUGAGUGUGCUUGGUGUCUGCACUACCUCACAUGCAGCAUGCAGGAUAACAGAGUGCUUUUGGCUCAUGGGGCCCUGUCACGGUGCAGUUCCACUUUAAUGUCACUAGGUGGUGCUGUGGCUGAAGGGAACAAAGAAGAAGGAAUGGAGCUGCUCAUCUGUCCUCUGCUGAGGUGUGUGGGAAACCUCCUCUCCUCCUGCCCAGCGGAAGACCUAAGCUCUCAAGUGGCUGACGUUAGUAUUGUGGUGACUCUGUGUGCACUUCUCCAGGCCUACAUGCAGACUCAAACAGCCUUGGCCAGAGAGAGUGCCUGGGUCCUCAAUAACCUUACAGCUCACUCCAGUGCUUUCUGCUCUGCCUUGUUGACGUUCAACUUGGUCCCGGGACUGAUCCAGCUCCUCCCGUUCUCUCAGGGCAUCAACAUCAUGAUCCUGAGGGUCCUAGCAAACAUUGCUCACAAGAAAAAGGAGUACUGUGUCCAACUGACCCACACUGGAUUGCUGUCAGGACUCUGUGCCACACUAAAAAUGGCCGACAAAGACAUAGUGACCCUGAGUAUGGAUGUCCUGUUCAUGCUUGUAGUUAGCAGUCCUCAGGUAAGUGGCAGAGGAGUUGUGAGGCAUGGCGGCCUUUCACUGUUAGAAACUCUUCAGUACAACAGAGAAGGAGAUAUUAGACGGAGAGCAUCAUAUCUCCUGGAGAACCACCUGCUGCCCUACUCAUCAUGAUGCUUGGUGAAGACUUUACUGUACUGUUCAAUUAGUCUGUGGUAUUUUUUUAUACUUCCUCAAAAUGUAAAACAAGAAAAAGAGAAAACAUUGCACGUAGACUACUUCUCCUUAACCAACAGGAAGACAUCCCAAUCACACACACCGUGUUCCGCUUGUUACAAAACAUCUUGAGGACAAACCCUGAGUAUCUGCAGCUUCCUCUUGACUUGUCGCCUUCUCUACACGGACACUUUUUGUGUUUGUGUUAGUUUUUAAAACUUUUAAAUAUAUUCUGCUGGUUUGAUGAAAUUAACCAUCAGCGUGUGUUAUCAAUGACAUUUUAGCAUAUAGGCCUAUAAAGAUGAUAUAUAUAUAUAUAUAUAUAUUUCAAACCCGACACUCAGGACCUUCUGUCUUAAACUUGGAAAAUGUGCUCCUCUGGAACCCUUCCUGCACAUUUAGAUGAGUUGAUAUGACUGUAAUUAUGUUGAAAGAGGUUCUUCAGGUGGGUUUAAUAGGUAUAAUGCAUUAUAGUCAUUAUUGACGGUACAUUCAAAAAAUAAAGUAUAAUUGAACAAAUAUCAA